AUGGGAUUCACAACCUCCUAUUCAAUUGGUGGAGAAUGCACCAUUGAUUCGGCUGACAUUUUGCGGCUCAUUCUUGGAUAUUUAACGUCACAAGGGCUCCACCGAUCGGCGUUGGCCUUGCGACAAGAGUCUGGUGUGGGCCUCAAAGGAUUGGUCAACCAGCAGGCCAUGGGGGCAAUGUGUUUGCAGGGUGACUGGGGAAGUGUCCUCAAGAGCGUUUCGCUAUGCGAAGAAACGCCAGCACAAUUACACGAACAAGUCAUUUUGGAAUUGGUAGAAGCUGCUCCAGGAAACAUGAAUGCCGCAUUCAGCGUGCUCAAACUACAACGGGAGAGUCUUGAUGCUGUGUUUGAAGAUGAGGACGACGAUGAAGGAGGAUCCAGCAAGCCUUCCAAAUUGACCAAGGCCCGUAGUUUAGAACAAAAGCUAGCAGCCGUGGCUGGAAAUCCUACAAAGUAUGAAGAAAUCAAUCAGCGAAGGAAACUCCUGUACGGAAACCGACUAUCGAAACAAGAUCGCCGACAAUUGUUGGCCGACCAGUUUCAAAAGCAACCACAAGUUCCUCUGAAUCGACUGCCUAUUUUGCUGCAACAAGCCAUGAAAUGGCAGUCGCAUACUGGUCAGCUGCCUUGGAUGCGAGAAGUGUAUCAAGACGAAGGUGACGUACCCAUAAAAGUCUCCAAAAAAAAGCGCAAACGCAAGCACUUUGAUUUGGUCAUGGGCAGUGCAGCGGCUGACAAUGGCAUUGUGGUGGGAGAUCCCGAAGAUCACGAUGCUGAGGAUUUGGAGCCCAUUCCGCAAGAAGUUUCGCAAAAGGUCAAGUUUGGCAAGGGUGUCACAUGCGAGUCUGCCACUUUUUGUUCCAAGGGAUUGAUUACGUCCUCGUCGGAUGGAUUGAUUGAAAUUUGGAAUUCCCAAUGUACCGAUCUUAACAUGGCAGACUUUCCCUACCAAAAGCAAUCCGUCAUGGGCCACGAAUCGGCUGUUUUGUGUUUGAAACUUUCUAACGAUGGGGAACUCUUGGCUUCGGGAGAUGAUCAAGGGAAACUAAUGGUAUGGAAGUUGUCGAGUGGCAAGUGUUUGCGGCAAUUUUUAGCACACAAUGGAUCGGCCAUUAGCUGUAUUGAUUGGAGUCCUGAUUCGUCUCGCAUAUUGACGGGCAGCUCCGAUGGAAAGUGUCGGGAAUUGGGACUGCGGUCUCAGAAGAUUUUGCAAGAGUACUUGGGGCAUACUUCCUAUAUUCACAGUUGCCAGUACGUUCUAGUUUCCGACGAUGAUAAUGGCACAUUAUCACUGGUGCUUACUGGGUCUGCGGAUGGUUGCGUAAGAGUAUGGCAGCAGGGAAAUUGCAUUCGCAUCCUGCAACCACAGCGGUCGCCCUCGGCUAAAUCGUUGGUGGUUGAUGCGACACAACUCCAAGCUGAUCAACCAGCAAUCCACACUGUUUUGACAGUUCCGAAUCAUGACCAACAAGGACGAGGGCAAAAUCUCAUGCUCGUGGCACCACGCUCAUCGAUUGCCUACCUGAUGACUGUGGAAGGUCGCGUUGUACAGACUUAUCAGGCAGCGUCAGACCAGGACGUGUUCUUGGCUGCUUGUAUCAGUCAUUCCUUUGUAUACUUGGCAACGCAAAAGGGAGAAUGCCUGGUUUUUCACCUCUUCAAGGGUACUCUGGAGAAGACAAUCUAUGAAUUUGCCGCGCAAAGCACUUCCAAAAGCGGGGAAAGCGGCGACAACACGAGUAGAGUUGAAAUUACGCAGCUGUUGCAUCAUCCGUUCCGAUCAAUGUUGGGUGCCUUUUCGAACGACAAGACGCAAAGGAAGGGUGUGCUUUCAGUUUGGAAAUAG